UGUCAGCCACAGAGCAUGCAGAGACGCGCUGCGCACAGACAGACAGUCAGAGUCCCCUGGUUGUUUGACAGUAACGGGUUUCCGUUUGGAUUCAUAUGGACUGAAGUGUCACUGACUUCCUCCUGGCGUUUAGCAUGAGUUUGAAAGAGUUUUUUGAUUAGUUGGACUUUCUUGCUGAGCGCAAGUUUCCUGUCAGUUUUGUCCUGGAGUGUUUGCGCACAGAAGGCAGCGAUGGAGGCGCGCAUCCCGGCUUGGUGCGUCCUGAUUACUCUCAUCCUGUACUUAACGCGCUGCAAGGCGGCCAAGGAGCUCCAGUGCCAGGAGAUAUCGGUUCCUCUCUGCAAAGGGAUCGGCUACAACUUCACCUAUAUGCCCAACCAGUUCAACCACGACACCCAGGAUGAAGCCGGGCUGGAGGUUCACCAGUUCUGGCCGCUGGUGGAGAUAAAGUGCUCCCCGGACCUGCGCUUCUUCCUCUGCAGCAUGUACACACCGAUCUGCCUGGAGGAUUACAAGAAGCCGCUGCCGCCGUGCAGGAGCGUGUGUGAGCGAGCCAAGGCUGGGUGCGCGCCGCUCAUGAGCCAGUACGGCUUCCCGUGGCCGGACCGGAUGAGGUGCGACCUGCUGCCCGAGCAGGGGGACCAAAACACUCUGUGCAUGGACUAUAACAGGAGCCAGACCACCACAGCAUCUCCCGUCCUUGUCAAACCUACCAACCGGUCGCUGAAGCCAUAUAAUAAGAAAAAGAGCGGCUACGGCCGAGGUUUCCCCGGCAAACACAAACCCGCCGCGUCUCCCUGCGAGACGGGCUGCUUCUGCCGUGCGCCCAUGGUGCCACUCAGUGCGGAGGGCCACCCUAUGCGCAACCGCGUCAAGACGGGACAGAUCACCAACUGCGCCAUGCCUUGUCACAAUCCCUACUUCACCCAGGAGGAGAGGACUUUCACCGCCUUCUGGAUCGGCCUGUGGUCGGUCCUCUGCUUCAUUUCCACUUUUGCAACAGUUGCAACUUUCCUCAUAGACAUGGAGAGGUUCAAGUACCCGGAGCGGCCCAUCAUCUUCCUCUCUGCCUGCUACAUGUUUGUGUCGGUGGGAUAUAUUGUCAGGCUGAUCGCCGGACAUGAGGAAGUUGCGUGCAACAGGGAAAACGGCGCAGAGCACAUCCACUAUGAGACGACGGGUCCUGCGCUCUGCACCAUAGUUUUCCUGCUCAUUUAUUUCUUCGGCAUGGCCAGCUCCAUCUGGUGGGUGAUUCUGUCUCUCACCUGGUUCCUGGCGGCAGGUAUGAAGUGGGGGAACGAGGCUAUCGCCAGUUACUCCCAGUACUUCCACCUGGCCGCCUGGCUCAUCCCCAGCCUCAAGUCCAUAACUGUUUUGGCGCUCAGCUCGGUGGACGGGGACUCUGUGGCUGGAAUCUGCUACGUGGGGAAUCAAAACCUGGAUAACCUGCGGGGGUUUGUGCUCGCCCCGCUGGUCAUCUACCUGUUCAUCGGAACCAUGUUCCUGCUCGCAGGGUUCGUCUCGCUGUUCCGCAUCCGGAGCGUUAUAAAGCAAGGCGGAACCAAGACUGACAAACUUGAGCGCCUCAUGAUCCGGAUCGGAGUUUUCACGGUUCUCUACACCGUCCCGGCCACGGUCAUAGUGGCCUGUUACUUUUAUGAGCAGCACAACAGGCAGACGUGGGAGAUUACGCACAACUGUACGUGCGUAACGGACCGCAGCAGGCAGAGACCGGACUAUGCCGUGUUUAUGCUGAAAUACUUCAUGUGCCUCCUGGUGGGGAUCACCUCGGGGGCCUGGAUCUGGUCCGGGAAGACAUUGGAGUCCUGGAGGACUUUUUGCACACGCUGCUGCUGGGGGAGCAAAGCGUCAGCUGGCUCCAUGUACAGUGAUGUGAGUACCGGACUGACCUGGAGAUCCGGGACUGCCAGCUCGGUCUCCUGCCCCAAACAAAUGCCUCUGUCCCGAGUCUGAACAGGUCAGGCGGGCUGUCGAGGGCGCACGGACGCGUUAAUGUCUCCUCUGUCUUUAGACUGUAAAAGCAGCUCUUUUAAAUAUUUUUUAUGAGAUAAAUUAUUAAAACUAAGGUACAAAGAAGACAGAUUGGCCCUUUUGUGUUUUGAAAAACUUCUGAAAUGAGUUGGAGCGCAAGCUUUUAUUGCCUUAUCCAAAUGACGUCCAUGUACGGAUUUAAGGAGGGGGGGGGGGGACCAAUUGUGCUAGGAUUGUCCAUCAGCGUGUUGUAAUUAGCACAAUAAUGAGCGCCUAAUGGUUUCUCUUUAAAUAAUGAGCCUGUCAGCAGCAGCAGAACAAUGCAGUACCUGCCCCGAAGAAUGCAGCCUUAUGUAGGAUUAAUUGAAUGCAUAUUGCCAGAGCCGGCCAGAGGCACAAGCAAAUUAAGCAGCAGUUUAGGGCUUUGAGGGAAACAGGGCGCUUGACUUCUCCUACAGAGGAUGGCUUAAUAACUUCACAGGAGUUAUUACAUUGCGUAAUUUUAUAGGUUUUCUAAAAAAAUAUCCAUAUAGUUUGUAAAGAAUUAAUUUGUGACAGAUAAGAAAAGUCUGCUUAGACACAUGUGGUGAGCUUGACUCUGUGUAUCUGACAGCAGGCUGCUGCCUAAAGGUUAAAGAGCUCAGCAGAUUGUCCCACAUCUGCACCACUGACCCCCAUUUAUUAUGGUCCAUGUGAUAUUUCUUUUUUCGCCCAUUCUUUGCAUUCUGCAUUUCACACAGCUGUUAUAUUGUUAAACAACAAACUGAGUUAAUAAAAUUGACUUCAUAUGAUUUGCUUUUUAAAUACAAAUGUAAUAGAAUUUUUUUCUUAACUACAGAGACUUUUUCAAAGUUUUAAAAUCUUAUCCUUUAGAAAUGAAUUAAUGUUACAGCAGCAGCUUUGCAUCAUAAAAAAGGAUAAAAUAAAAAACAACAAACAACCAUAUGUUGCUCAGAAAGAAUGGAUGCAGCCAGCUGGAUUCAUGCUAUAUAACAUUUUCAUUACUGCAAAACCAGAAAAGAAAACUAAUUUGCUGAAAUCUGCUGUCAGUCAUCGUUGUUUUUUUAGGUUUUCUUAGCAGCAGCUUUCAGAUUAUCAGUCAGACCUGUUAGAGACCAUUGUUUCCAUCAAUGCUCCAUAUCCAUGAUGUGAAGAACUGCUUUAACACUAAUGCAUACAUUUUUUUUAUUGUGCAAUCAAAAAGCUUUUAAAAAGCAUUUACUGCUGUGUCAAAACAUGAAAACAAAGAUAUUAGAUUAUUUUCCUUUAUUGCCUUAAUUAAUUUUUUUCAAAUAGCACCAUUUCACAAUACGUCAUAUCAGUGAUUAAAGAACAGGAAGUUAUUUCUGUCACUUAAUCGCUUUCUCACUUGCAUUUAUGUCAGUUUAUUUCCAGCUCAAACUCUACUAGCACAAAUGCUUUAAAUAGCUUAAGACCAUUACCACAACCUUCCAGCUAGAAAGGUUUCUUUAGCAUAUGCAUUGUUUGCUAUUCCUCAGGCCGGCCCUGGUUACAUGGUAUACCUGGGGCUCUUCUUCUUCCUACUGUGAAGAACCGCUGUGUCUUAAACAUCCACAAUAGGAGCUCUCUGCUUAAAGAGAGGCCAAAGCUGAGCUGUUUUUCUACAACAAUUCAUCAUUGCCUUAAAGCUGCCUCAUACGGGUUGCAUCAGCACGUAUAGAGUGUAUUUAUAUAAUUAUUGCUGUAUAUACUUUGUAUAUUUGUAUAUGUAAUUUCACAAGACUGUAAAUAUGUCUAAUUGCCACUUUGAUA